AUGCCACUCACUCCCCAGGAGUACCUGGACUGGUGGCUCACCACAGCUCUUGAUCCUCUCAAAGAACUUGUCGACAAGGAGGCUUUGGGAUGUGGUCCUCAGCAUGUUGGUUUUGAGCAGACAGUUCAAAAAAGACAGCGAGGCUUUGAUAAUGAUGUCGACCUGCGAGAAGCUCUACGGCUGCAUGUAAAGCGACUCUCCUCUCACCAAACUCCUGAAGCCUCCUGCAACCCAAGAAAUAAACUAAGAGAGCUUACUUUGAACGUCUUCAAGAAACCCGAGGAUGGGGGCCUAGUUCCCGACAGAGCCCUCGAUGGACUCGCUGAUCUCAACUCUGUCGAGCUUCGGCGCCGUCGCCUCGUGGCUGAGACACCUCUUAUUUUCAGAGCCGGCCAUCCUGCUUAUGGAUCAGCGGCAAUGGUUCAAGAGCUGAACAGAAAGGCCACGGAAAAGUUUAACCAGUUUUACAUGGGCUUCAGAGCCUCCAUGGUUGUUGAAGAGUUGAAGCAAGCAAAAGUCACCAGAAAGCCCGCUGUGGAGAUUAUGGCAGUUGUGAAUGCUCUCUUUCCAGCUCAUGACCUUUUGAAAAACUCAGACGACAUUAGUCUUGUUCCAUGCACUGACUCUCUUCUCGGCUGCAUCCGCUUCACGGUUCUCUACCAUCUCUUGGGAGACAACCCGUCGAGCGAUAAACAGCAAGCCAUGAUACAAGAGAAGCUGUUUAUCUGGUGCAGCCUACCAAGGUAUGAGGCGGCGUACAAAGCAUUCACUCAAUACAUUGAGGAGUUCAAGACAAUCGAAUCGCUCUGCUUCAAUGUCCUCCAGCUAGCAGAGAAGGAAGCUUCUCGCCGAAGAUCAGGAUCAGGGCCUCGCCGUCCUUCCUUUACCCCAAAUUCAGUGGUCAUGGUCAAAUCCAUCCUCAAAGGUUCUCCCCAGAGCCCCCGUGAGGUGGAAAGUUUGGCUUCUUCUGGAAGAUCCAAUUCGCCAGAAUUCGUGGCAUCGGCGCCCCCUGUCCCCAAUCCUUUGCUCAAAGGUCUCCCAGGGCGAGAAUAUGAUGCUGGCGGCGAAACUGUUGUCAAAGGAGAAAAGGUUGACGUCAAGACUUUUGACCCCAGCAAAAAGUUGAAAAAGAAGCUGCCGAUGAAGCAAAAGUCGUUGCCAACGAGACAGAAAUCAUUGCCGGCCAAGCAGAAAUUGUUGGAGACAAAGCAAAAGCUACUGCCAGCCAAAAAGAAGCAGCUGCAGGCGAGAAAGAAGAGGGAAGAUGAUGACAUCCCACCGGUUCCCCCUACACCAGACAUUCCUGAGUCUAUGAAGGCAACAAUCACAAGAACCAGUCUCAAGCUCCUUCAACGGAUGCGGUCGCAUUCAGAAAUGCAAAAGAUUCCUCAGAUUGCCUCAGUUCUUGCUGGUGAGAAAGCCAAGUCGACCACCAAGCUGGCGAAGCCGCCGCCUACUCGCCCCAAAGCCGCCGCUCAAGGUCAAGUUCGAGAUAGCUUCUCUCUCCGUACGGCAUCCUUCCCCGAAGCAAGUAUUCGAAACAGCCAGCAUAGCCUGUAUACUCAGCGAGCCCCUUCUACUCAGUCAGUAGACAGGGCCAGCGCCAUGAGAAAGCAAGAUGGUACUGCCGCUCAAGAACAAGCAUCGCUCAGCAAGCCUGAAGUCAGAUAUAAGGAAGCCAACGCUAAAAAGGAGAAGCGCCCUUGCGAGCUUCCUCCUCCUAGGAAAGUUUGGCUCUGGGGUCCUCGCUGGGAAGAGUUUCUCGUGUUGCCUAAGCUUCCAGCAGCCAUCAGACGUCGGUUUUCCCUCGGUAAUGGCGAUGAAGAAAAAAAGCCCAUGGAUUUGGAGCCACUUGGCCGGGGACAUGAUUCGGACGCCGACUCCGUGGAGACUGUCAAGGGAAAGACAUUGGUGCCUGCUAAACCGCCUCGGCUGUCUUUGAAUCUUGAUAACAUGACUCCCUCCCUGAUGCACUUGGUAUCCGAGGAGUCGGAAAAGGCAAACCGGGUUUUAGGCAGGCCUCAGGCCCAUGGAGUUGUGCAGGCUUCUGGUCAGGAAAGCCCAGUCUUGGGCCAUUUCGCUCCUGAAUAUGUGAGGCAAAGCUGCGUAUCGACGAUUCACAAGGCUGAAGAUCCGCAUCCCACAUCAACAGUGACCUCCGCAUCUACUGGCGUAAGUGAAGAAGAAGAAGACUUGUACUCCGACGACCGACAUCUAUGGCCGCCCCCAAUCUGUCAACGAGGCGCGUGGCUUGAUCCCGUUUCACCCAUAACUGAAGAAGUCACAGAAUCCGUGCGUGACGAAAGAGACAGCAUUGAGAAUACGACACCGCAGCUUAGUGAUGACACUUUUGAAACAUCGUCCAUCUAUUCGGAUGAUAGUGCUAGAACUGCCGUCUUUCUGGGCAGCAGCAGCAGCAGCAAGGAAAUUGAGGAUGCUCCCAAAACUCCCCAGACAGCUCGCCGCCACCCUGAGCAGCUUACGACGCCAAAUGAAGCAUCACCUGUGCGCUCUGGUAUUCCGUUUAGCUACAGCUGUGCCUCGUUCACCUCAGUGUCGUCCGAUCGCUCCUCACUGACACAUUUUCCCAUCUCAGCUGAGCAAAGAUCGAGGGCCACCACAGAAGAGAUGGUGCAGGAUAUUCUUAGCCAGUCAGGCGGCCGCCUCUGUGUUGAAGAUGCCCGCCAAGUCCAGUUGGUGGAGAGGAAGCAGAGCGCCGAGAUUCAAGCCUCGUCGGCUGAUAUUUGGAACACCAACGAGUACAUGGAACCAGAGCUUCAGCCCGCCCCCCUUAAUCUUUCCAAGAAGCCUUCUAUCGCGAAGCCAAAGCAUGGUUUACAUGAACCAUUUUUGAAGUCCAAGACGAAUCCAUAUAUUCUUGAAAGCAUCCAGCCGUUCAUAUAUACAGGCAAGGGGAGCAACUUGGCAAGCGGAGCUCCUCAGAAGUUCCAUGAGAAAAUCAAGUCGUACGAAUCUGGCUUUGUGCCUCUGCCUGGAUCUCUUCUUUACGAGGCUGAUAAGAAUACGGACAUUAUUAGAAUCCCGCGAAAUCUAUCGGAUAGCUCCAACUCAAGUAGUUCUGUUUCAGCCGUCAUCACUCCAUCCAAGCCUGGUCCAAGCAAACAAACAAGCUACGCAGCCCAGCGCGCGGAACCAAGACCUGCUCGCUCUAUGAAUGAAAUGUAUAAUGCUGCUUCACCAAGCAAUGGCUUUCAGUCUCAGCAACGAAAGCCCUCUCCUACUCUGAGCGAUUUGGACGAGUUCUUCGGGGUUGGCCCUUAUGAAAAGGCGUUCUUGGAAAAGCAUCCAGAGGCGGCAAAGCCGUUUGUACUUCCUCCCAAACUCCCACAGUUGCCGGUAGCACCGGUCUUUACAGCGCCUGCACAGGCUACACUGAUGCUUCGCCGACGAGACAAGAGCACACAGCAACAUCGCACUCCUCCACUGCCAGAUAGGGGCACACAACAGCUCCAGACUCCUCCACUGCCAGACAGAAGCACACAACUAAUCCAGACUCCUCCACUGCCAGGCAGAGGCACACAACGGCUCCAUACUCCUCUACAGCCUACAGUCCAAAGAGUCAUGGAGAGAAAGCCAAACACUUCGGUGAACGUCAGCAGCUUCGCGUUACACAGAGCUCAAGGUAACAAGGCAACCAUUCUGCCGGUAGUGGAGGGAAGAAGCCGUGCGAACACGACUAAUACCAGAGGACGCGACAUUGCCACCGGCCAAGACCGCGACUACGAGGAUAGCAUAUCUGAGGAGCACAUGCCACAGCAGACCUUUCUCGACGACGUUCACCGAUUCUCUCUCCAGAGGUACGAUGUCAGCGCUCGUCGACCUUCGACCGCCCAUGCUCGCCCCAACACCCUGUUUGAGCAAGCCGCGCCGAUCUCGCCCGUGGAGAAUGUCGCUUCUGAGGGCAAGAAGAUCGCUAACACGCCUGCUACAACGCUGGGAAAUCUGUUCCGACGGCGCAAUCGGAAUCGUAAGGAGAAUUAA